CUUACCGAAGAUCCUCCACGUCCCCAGAGCGCUCACUAAUCCGAGGGGACGAGGAGGGUCAUAAACUGCGUGUUGUGAUGAACACAAGCGAUCCAGACUACGAGCACAUUUACUCUAUAGAGACCUAUGAUGAUGAUGCUCCAGUGGUGGAGAUUGCUGACUAUGACACCACGGUCAAUAAAAGCCAGGACUCCUGCAUCUUGCCCAUGGAAGAGGGUAAUUGUUCCCGCUAUACUCUGCGCUGGUACUUUAACUCUGAAGUGGGCGUCUGUAGACCUUUUAUCUACAGCGGCUGUGGAGGAAAUGCUAACCGCUUUUUACAGAAGGAAGAUUGUGAGAAACUCUGUCUACAACAAUAAGAAGGUACAUUAACACGCACUGA